UUUUCUCGCGACGUUUUAGUCGCGACCCAAGAUUUUCAAAAGGAAAAAUGGCAGAAUGGAAGACGCAGGUACCUUACAACUGCAGCCCGUCUUAUCAUAGCUACGCCUACAGUCUCGUGUACCAGUCCGUACCCGAGCAGAACCAAGAAAACCUGCCUGUUUGGGGCGAAAACGGAGCCCCGGACUACAGUGACGGAGCGCCGCAGAACAUUUGUGACGCCGUCGCUCCUAUGGCCACCUUGGACGGGAAAAAGACCUCGCCUUGCAGCCCCGAGACCUUGACGGAAAGUUGUUUCCAGGACACCGGAGUCGUGUACCUCGGUGGCACACAGGAGAACCACCUGGAGGCCUGCGGGGACGGAGGGGGUGAGGUGAAGCACACUCGGAGAGCCUCGAUCUCCGACUCCGGAGUGCACACUUCACCUGAUUCUUGGAGCUCUCUCAGCAGCCGUGAAAGUAGUGUUCCUCAGGUGAACCCCACUGCCUCGGUUAAGAAGGAGGCAGAAGAGGAGCCCGUCAUCAGGAACCUGGAUGGCAAUGAGGAUGUCUCCAGCUCCUUGCCGGAAGACUCCUGCAACUUGGCCACACCUGGGAACGGGGAUAACAACUCCUCGAACCCUGCACCCCUUCCUUCUCCAAAGAAGCCUUCCACCAAUAUUGUAGCUAUUCCGAAAACGAAGGUGCGUUCAGCUUUUUCAGAGAGUCAGAUGAAUGCUCUUGUCCAGCGCUUCAGUGUUCAGCGAUACCUCACUCCAGCCGAGAUGAAGAACCUGGCAGAAAUGACUGGACUGACCUAUAAACAGGUGAAGACCUGGUUUCAGAACCGCAGGAUGAAGCUCAGGAGGCAUCAGAAAGAUGCCAGCUGGGUAUCUGAGCGUUUUGCCAUCCCGAAGGAUCCUUCCUCUCACAGACCGGUCUUGUCCGACAUGGCCUCACACAUCCCACCUUAUCAAGGAGAUGGCCAGCCCCAGUUCAUGGAACAUUACAGCCAGCACCCGAUGGAGGCAGCUUUUAAGACCCCACCAAAUCUGGCCUACUACCUUUCUGCUGUCGGCGGCUCAGGUGGACCUGCUGGUUAUCCACCUUGGCCCACUAAUGCGCCGCAGGCCACUGUGGCAAACCCGCCCCAUAAUGCUAGAUGGUCUGUGCCACAAGGGGCUGCUGGGCCAAUUGAUUACAACCCCAACAUGUUCAGCACAAAUACUUACAUGCAGGCUGCACACUUUGAAAACAAAGAGGGGGAGCCUGUAAACGACCCCCUAAACACCCCUGUAGAUCACAGUGGAAACCAGUAGUUAUGGAAGCCAUUAGUGAUGUCAUUGAGAUGGUGAUUUUCAAAGUUUCUGACCUCAUUUCCUAGUGAAAUGUGAUUUUAAGCAGACAGUAUUGUUCUGUAUCUGAUUUCAAUGUACCUUUUUUUUUUCCUCUUUACCUUUUAUAUGUAACCAUUUUAUGUGUGUUUUGAAUGCUUUGUCACAGCAGAUGCACCCAGUUUGGAUGCACUUUUAAGCAAAAGGUUCACUGUGAUGCUAAGUAACAUACUUGACAUACACAAUUAUGUAAAUGCAUUUUACAAGUUGUGUUUUGUUAAUUUUUUACAGUUUAAAUCCUUUUAGAAAGUGCUAGAGACAAAUUGAUUUUGAUCAUUAAAGAUUUGAAAAUUCUUUUUUUUUUCUUUUUCUUUUUUAUAUAGUCUGGAUUUUGUAGUUCUAAGUGAUGCAUUUGUAUGGAGUUUAAAUUCACUCCAACUUCUUGAAGGAAUUAUGAAGCUAAAAGAAAGUCUCUGGCGGUUUCACUCAUUUAAGAAAAUCAAAGAUUUGAUUUGAUAUCUAAACAUCUUUAAAGAAGCCAUAUUGCCCAGGGCUAAUUUUAAGUGCGAUUCCAUUGACCAUCUUUACAACUGGCAGUUGUAAGUUAAUGUUGAAAACUUUUUUUCUCAACAUUUUUUUUUUUUCCUUUUUACUAUUCUUGCAUAUUAUAUAAUCUGAGUGAUAUUGUAACUGUUAUAUGUAUCUUCUUUACCUGCUUCCUUCACAUUCUGCAUUUUGGGAAAAUACUCUGUCCAACAGGCUGUUGGACAAGCUAAGUAUUACACCGGCUUGUAAAAUGCAAGGGAAUGAGAGGGAAGUAGCCUUUUUGACCUGACUAUUCCACAGACGGAUAUUGCAAUGAUGUGGUGAAGCCUUACUAUGCAACUUUUGGCUACAUUUGCAAGGUUGAAUUGUGCCAUAUUCAAGUCUGUAUUGGAAAAGCAGAAUAAAAUGUUUUGAAACAA